AUGGCGCCCAGCGAAGCAGAUCUGAACGCUGGCGUGGUUGUUGGUGUCGGAGCACUCAACAAUGACGAGGUUCGACCUAGAGUUGACAUCGAUGUGAUGAUCUCAAAGCAGCCAGAUGUGUUCAACCUUUUUCUGUUAGCCCUCAUUGACCUUCAGGCAGACUCUUCAAAGCUUGGCUACUUCGCCAUGGCUGCCAUUGUCAAGGAGUACGACCAUUCAAUCCAGCCAAGAUAUCGAGCUGCGGCGAGGGCUUUUCGGUUUCCCUAUUGGGAUUACUUCCGUCCUCGUGAUGUUGACGCGAAGUUCCCGGGUAUCACAUUGGAAGGUAAUCGAACGCGAUACAGCUAUGACUUUCGUAUGCCUGAUGUUUUCAAUGUUACCGAUGUGAUGAUCCGCAUGCCUCCACAUGACCGCAUGGAAGUCCGGAGGAAUCCUCUUUACAACUUCAAGUUCACAGACAAGCUGAACCUGGACAGAGAUUGGUCCAGGGCCAAACUGAACAACUUCAACCCUGAUCGGACGGUACGCUGCCCGCGGGACAAGAGAUCCAAAUAUCACAAUGUGCAGGAAUUGAGCGACAGUCUCAACAGUGGUCGUGAGGGCAGAGCCGCAAUGAUGCUCGACAUUCUGAACCCAAAUUCCAGUCGUUACCCAGAUCUCCAGGAUGUAGCAUCAGAUAUGGUUCUACGAGGAGGCGACUUGACGAACACAAAGCUGACUAGAACGAUCUCUGGCGUACCCGGAUCAAGAGCUGCGAGCUAUGGCUCAAUCGAAGGCCUGCAUGGUAAUUAUCACACAAUCAUUGGUGGUUCGAACGGCCAUAUGUCACAUCCGUCGAUCGCUGCUUUCGAUCCUAUCUUUUGGUUCCAUCAUUGCAACGUCGAUCGCAUAUUCGCUAUUUGGCAGGCGACACACCCCAAUGCAUGGUUUCCACCACCCGGAAGGGAUUCCCGAGGGAGACCUCUAAAAGCCGAAAGUGAGAAGGACCUCCUUCCUUUCUACAAAGUCAAAAAUGAAAUGGGGACAAUCUUCUACGAUUCAGACUGGGCUCGAGAUACUGAAAGCUUUGGAUACACCUAUCCCGAUCUCGAGGGCCUUCGUGACCCACGAUCAGUUUGGCGUAGCGUGUACAACAAGUACAUCUGGAGUAUUCGCAGUGCUUCGAGCAGCCGGUUUUCCCCACCACCAUCGGAUAUGAAACCGAUCAAUCUCAACAAAGCCCAGGUCUUUCAGUAUCCUGGAGCCAACUCGCGGGGUAGCGCUCCUGAUUCACAUGAAUCAAAUGAUACCUCCGUUCGAAUCGUAUACAGGCGAGUCUUGUCGUCCAGUUCGGACACUUCAACAACAUCGCAGGUCUCCAUUCAAAGCUACAGCUCUGCACCAGCUCCUGAUAACGAUAUUGAUCCGUAUUUCGACCGCACGUGGUACAUCGAUAAUAUUGUAAAAAGGAAUGUACUCAACGGUCCGUUCACGAUUUACUUCUUUCUCUGUCUCAAAUCGAGAUUCCCCGACGAUCCGGAGGAUUAUUCUACUAGUCCUUAUCUAGCUGGCAUCAACCACAUUUUCGCCGCACCACGUGAAGUCUGCGACAAUUGCGGAAGGCAAGACGCAGCGGGGGCUCUAGCUUCAGACACAGUGCCAAUCACAGCGUUGCUACUUGACUACGUGGCUAUUGGAGUACUGGAAAGCAUGCGCGCGGAGCAUGUCCAUCCAUUUUUGGUCAAAUACUUGCGCUGGAGAGUUGUCUACGAUGGAAGCUCCAGGGCCGAUCCCAGGGACUUGCCACAGUUCGAGGUAAUGGUCAGUGCCAGGAUCAGUCACGAAGACGGCUCUACGACAUAUGCUUCGUAUCCAGACAUAACCGAAGAUAUUUACUACAAUGCCGCGUCUGCUGCGUACUAA